AUGCAUUCAAAGGCUGCUCUUACCGUCUUGGCGUCUAUCGCCGCGUCUGGGGCGCUGGCCCUGCCAGCCCCUGUGCCUAGGGUACGUGGAGCCUGUCACCAUCAAGAGCGCACACUGCGAUGGCGAGCCCGUAUUGAUGAUAUAUUGUAGAGCCACGGUCUUCAAGCCCGAGCGGACGCAGCUCAGAACGGCAAGAGCGAAGCAGCUACAAAAAACUGGGUCGGCACUACAGAUUAUGAGAACCCAGCCCACAACCCUUAUCCCCAGGAAAAUGGCGACGCUGCCAAACCUCCCGGCGACAAGUACUCCUACUACUAUCCUCCUCAUGGCGGGUCCGACAGUAGCCGUGUCAGCCCUAACACUUUUCUACCCGUGACAGCCAACCCCAAAAAUCCCGAGGACCAGCAUCUGCCUGGUCACGGGCCUACAUACGGCAACAGGGUUCCUCUUUACAACACGGCCCAUCCUCAAGACAACGCUUGCGAAAACGGAUGCGGUGGGGAUGCCUGCCCAUGCCCCUUGUAUAUCACCCCGUCGUACCAGGAACCCAACAACCACAACACUAACAACAUUCCGAGUGUUCCUCAGGGCGCCGGUCUUGGACCGGGUGGACCUCUCACGCAGUCAAACAGUCAACCCGCCCGACGGGACGACAAUUGUGGCUAUGCUGGGGACAAGUUUUGUGAUCGUCCUUCCACGGGAAUGAACCCAGGUUCCGGGUUUGGGGGCUUUGAGGACAGUGGCGACUUUGAGGACAGUGGCUACUAG